AACACGACGUAACUUCGCACACUAGCUGGCCUGCUCGCACGCUCGCAGCUGCUAGCGGCGCCUCACUUCAGUUCAGUGCGCAAGAGUGUUGUCAGUGGACGUGUUAGUGAAAACAAGUUAGUGUUUGUGACAAUUACAAUGUUGUUCCCCAAGACUGCGUUGUUUUACGGCUUUUUAAUAGCCCUGCUGUUAGAACCAAUAUCAGGCAGAAAAGGUUUUAGUGGCGGACACAGUUAUCCAAAAUCAGGUGGACUAUCAGGCGGAGGUCAUCGCUCAGGCGGUUUGUCAGGUGGGGGGCACGGAUAUCCCUCGUCAGGUGGCAGCCACCACGGGUAUCCCUCGUCCGGCGGUAGUCACGGGUAUCCAUCGUCAGGCGGCAGUCACGGGUAUCCUUCAGGUGGGUUAUCAGGAGGAAGUCACGGAUAUCCAAGUGCGGGUGGUAACCGUGGUUCUUCUGGAGGUAGCCAUGGGUAUCCCUCUUCUGGCGGUCUAUCCGGUAGCGGUACUGGUCACAAUUACCCCAGCAAAGCUGGCUACCCUUCCGCUAACAAUUACCACUACACUCCGCCACAGCAAAUCAGCUAUGCUCCAACUCGUGGAGCCCCUCCAGUGAAUUACCCGGUGUACCACGGUAGUCCUCCGACCUACGUUUACCAAUACAAAGAUUCUGGAAGCAAAUACGGCACAUUACUAGCCGGUUUGGCGCUUUUGAACCUUGGAACUCUUGGUGCCGCCGCAUAUGCUGUACACAGUUCAUCGUCACAUAAGUCACACACCCCAAUACCAGGCGAAGUUUGUAAAUUCGCUAUCAAAAAGGACAACGGUGAUUACGAAGAAACUAGAAUAGACUGCAACAUCAUAAGUAGUUUUAUUUUGCAAGAUCAAGCAGAAAAACAACAUGGAGGCAGCAAUUCUACUGUAGUAACGACAACUACCGUAACUAAUACUACAACAAUCAAUAGAGCGAAUGAAAUGCCGGAACAAACGACACAGCCCCCUGCAGCUCCAGUGGUACCAGUACUUGGUAAUGUGCUCUAUGAAAUGCUUCCUAAUGGUACUCUGGUUCCAGUUAAUGCAUCUAGUAUGCCCAUUGUGCCAGGAUUACCAGGAAAAACUGAAAAUGCUACUCACAAUGAAACAUCAACAGCAUCACCUAAUGGCACCGGGGUGAACUUGGCUUCAUCUGUGGUAGUGACCACCACCACUACAAAUACGACAGUAGUGGAUGCUUUAGAUGUUAAGGGUGCUCCAGUGAAUGUUACACCAGGAAUGAAAUGCUAUGUCAUUCGUAAUAGUCCUACAUCUAACAUGAGGAAAAGCGUGCCAUGUGGUCUUUUGCAGACAUAUGCAGAAAAGUCAAUUACUAAGAGUUCAGCAGCUCAUAAUGUACCCAUGUUUACAAUGAUAACAGCUAUUUUAGCUUUUUGUAUAGCUUAUUAAGUGUAAUUUAUAUAUUUUAAUAGUAUUAUCUUUAAACAUCAAAAACUUUACAACAAGCUGAGUGUUAUCAACUUGUUUAUUAAUAUCUUAAAGUAUUUAUGAAUUAUUUUGUACAUUUUAUUUUGUGUGACUGGUUUACUUAAGUAUGUUUUCAUUCAUUAAAAAUGUUAUUACCAAGUUCUUUUAGAAGUCAAUCAUUAUGAAGGCAUUUCACAGUUAUUCAAGAUAACAAUAUUGUAAAUAAAUAUUUUAAAACUAACUUUGUUAGUAGAUCUGUUAGAUUAUUUGAUAGAUAUCCAAAAAGAAAGUACCUAAUGUGUGAAUUAUUGUGUAUAAAUGUGUUUUAUUUUUAACAAUUUGCUGCCAGACACUGCUCAAUUGGUACUUAUUUGGAUGGGCAACCAAAGUUUCUAUCUACAUAUCUGUCAAUCCUAGUUCAACAAGAUCACUCAGCAGAUUUUUUUUGUUGUUUAUUAUUUUAUGUAUCUCCAUAGAGAAUGCAGACAUGAUAAAUUAAAUGAAAGCUUUUUAGAAUAAUUACAGUGUUUAUUGUGAUUUACACUUACUAGAAUUAUGUAAUAAUUUUUAUAAGAAAAUUAUAAGCGCAGCUAUCUGAUUAUUUAAAUUGUUGUGACUGAAACUGCGCAUAGGCUCGAAAUCUGCCCAUUGUGCAAAAGAAGGUUACGUUAGAUCAUAACAAUUUACAGUUACUAAUUAAUUGAAUAAAUUUUAUAUAGCAUAUUAAAAACUUAUAGUAAAAAUGUUACGUCCAAUUAAACUAAAAUGUAUUUUCCUGUAAAUUAAAUUGUUGGUUUUUUCUCAGGAUUCUCAAAUAAGUUUCAUGUUUAAAGUAUCAUUUGAUUUUAUUUAUUUUAAUGAGAUUAUGUUAAAGCUCUGAUAAUGAAGUGAAAAAGCAAGCCUAUUCAAUUUUUAUUGUAAGAAGUGAUUUGAUGAAAGACAUUUAUGUGA